CGGAAGCGCUCCUCAGCUGCCGGGACUGAAUGGCUGCUCACUUAGAGGCAGGGAUGUUUGAUAGAGAGCUGGAAGCCUUCGGUUUUGAGAAGACUGAUGAUUUGAUUAAAAUAGUACCACCGGAUCUCUUUGCUGAACUGUGCCAGCAAAGUGUUCAGCACCUUCAAAGGCAGAGAUCCGGUGUAGACUGUCAGGCGAUUUUUCAGAGUUUUCAAGCAGCUGGUGUUCCAAUAAGUGAGGAUGAACUUAGAAAAAUCAUUAGAUGGAUAACCACGCUUUUUAGCACAGCAGCAAAGUAUAAAGUGACUUGUGAGGAGCUGCUGAGCCGGUUAAUCAGCAAACUACCAAAGCAGAUUCUGCAAGUCAUUCGACAUGUAUGGAAUGAAGAGGGAAAGCGCUUGUCUGAGCUUGAAAAGAGUAGAGAUCUGCUACCAUCUGGAGAGCUUGUAGACUUCCAGUGGAAAAUUGGAAUGGCUGUGAGUUCUGAUAGUUGUCGCUCCCUGAACCAUCCUUACGUCACCAUAGAGUUAAAAGUUGCAGAUUAUUCUGGCCAGAUUACAAGCAAGGUUUUCGAGUUGACUAUUCCAGAGUUUCAGAACUUCCACAAGCAAGUCAAAGAAAUGUCUUCUGUUCUUGAAACAGUAUGAACUUGACAGCAAGGCGGCAAACGGAGGUUCCUGCCUUUUCCAAUCCAGUUUGCUAUUUCUCUGCCGAAGUGCCUCGAUCCUAAAGAGAGCUAUUAUAUUCUUAUACUGGCAACUUUAGAUAGCAAUUUCUGAAUUCAUCAUAAACUGCAAAAACAAGUGUUGGACACUGGUUGGUUACCAGCUGUAAGCUCCACUGAUCUGAAGAAGCAGCAAAUAUUAAUAAUUUCUGUAGUAGCCUGUAUAUGUACAGAGAAAGAAAGCUGUGGUUUGGAUUGUCUUGAAACCGCUGAGCUAUAGGACAGCUAUGCGUGUCCCACUAUUCUCUGCAUCCUAACGGUGGGGAGUUGCUUGAAAUUAUUUCUUUAUUAACAAGUGUCUCAAUAAAUUCCUUUAACAGUGUACUCAAAUUAUAUUGUUAAGGUUAUUCUUUAACCGGUAUUAUAUUCUUAUGGUUUUAAAUGUACUUUACCAGCAAAACUCUUGUGGUAUCUGUACAUGGGUAAAUCGUGGGUGCCAUACCCAACUUGGUGCAUAGAACUAAAACACAUUUGGCUUUUAAAUCAACCAUUUUAAAAUACAUGCACAUGCAUGGCAAGCUGUGGUGUAUUUAUAAGGCAAGCAUACUGGGAGAAUCAAUUAAGCAUGUGUAGAUGCCUAAAGGUGGCCAUACAUGCACCAAUAUCAUACAAAAAAAGCGGUGCAUGUAUGGUGGGAGAUGAGGCGACCAAUAUUAGUAAAAGCCUAGGAUAUUGGUCGUCUCGUCUAUAAGGCAGGACUGAAAAUUUUGAUCGGCCGCCUUUGUUUUUACCUGUAUAUAUGACAAUUCAACUCUUAACGUUAGUAAAUGGAGGAACAAUCUCUUUAAGAUUAAUUCAACAGGUUGUUACAAGUAUUGUGAUUAUGUUUAACCCUAAGUUUAGUUGGGUACUGAUGUUUAAGUUAAUAAGGCUUGUGUGGUUAUAAACUCCUAUGAAAAGCCGUUUCUUUAAAAAAAAAAAAA